CGUUUUGCUCCACUUGAACUUUUACUUGAAGCUUGUUUCUAAACUUUGAACAAGGAGCGAACAAAUCGGCAAUUACCGGGCAUACUGCGAAAAUGAUUCCAGCGGCCUUACAGCUCCAGGCGCUGUUUGAGUCCCCGCACAAUCUCGCGCAGAAUCUCCGCAUCCUGGUUGACAAUGAUCCGUCAAUGAAGAACCUGACCUUCAUCAACUCAUGUCUUCUUGAUCAGAUACACACAGAGGCAAUUCCUUCUCAUAUUUUCCGUACCUGGCUAUUUUUAGCUUCUCGGCAUUCCUACCACCUUAUUCCAGCUGCACUUCAAGACCCGUCACGUGGAGUUCGCUGGGCUGGUAUCAGAGUCGCUCGAGAUCGUCUUUUCUGCGGCCCUCAUUGGAAGGUUCAUGGAUGGGACUUGCUUGGAGGCGCGGAAGGAAUCAAAGACAUUCUCGAUGGAUUGCCCUCGGCAGAAGUAAAACACCUUGUCAACGCCAUUUGUUACCACUGUGGCUCUUGCGAUAGACAAAUGGUGAUGGGAUGUAUCGAUGAACUCCUGACUCUGGUCGAGAAUACCAAUGCUUGGACGGAGAGGUCGUUGUCGUACCAUGCGUCUUUGUUGUAUGCGUACUGUCCCGCUCAAAAGGUGACUGACUAUUUAAGGUCACAAACAUCCAUUCCUCUCACCACCUUCAAACACUUAAGCCGUUUUCAUAUCACUCUUUUACGGAAUAUUGCAGUUGGGGCGACAGAAAUGGCGUCAGAUGUGCGGAAAAGUGUUAUAAGACUGUGUCGAAACCCAUUACUGCACUCGCAGGAAGAGUACAUCCCGAAUCGCUUCAAUGAAAUACAUACAGGCACGCCCCCAGGUCUGAUCUUCGGCAUGGACCUGUUGCUAGCCGUUGGAAAAGAGCCUGGUCUUCAAAGUGACUACGAAUUACAUGACUGGAUUCAAUCAAUCCUUCGUCUAGCCAUUCGUAAAAGCCAACCAUUUCAAUCCAUCCUAUUUGUUCUUAACUCGAGUCUAGAGUUGUGUCAGUCUAGAGGUACUUCAAGAUGGCUCUCACAAUAUCUUUCGAAAAAUAUCAUUCAACUCUGGUCAAUUGCCAAAUUCGGGGGUGUUGGGAGUCAUGCCAACACAUCCAGGGAAUUGUGGCAUUCCCGGUUUCGGACAGCGAAUAAGAGUUCUCUAGAACAGUGCUUGAUUCAACAAGUGUUAAAAGUCGAAGACGACAAUCUCAUUAUUCAUCCAAGAGGUGCACAAUUCACAAAAACUGUGGCUAAACUACUCUCCCUCGUGCACAUGAAAGGAAGGCUUGAGCUUCUUCAGCUCUUGUGUCAGCAUUCACCGACUCUAAAGCUUGAUCUCACAGCCUGGCCUCCAUCAGAAAAAGAGCGGCAGUUUAUCCCUGUAUGGGACUAUGAGAUUCUGCGUAUUCUACCCCUUGAUAGCUCCAAGCUACUCUUCAAACGAUCCCUUCAUAUUUACCGUUGUGAAGAGUUUCUCCCCAGCUCUGAUUUUAAUCCCCAAAGUUCAUGGGCUCUGUCGUGGGAGGAACAAUCACUACUCUGGGUUCGUUGGGAGUGUUCAGCUAUCAAAAAAAAUGGCGGUUUUCCUGUUACUCUCAAAGUUAUUGAUAAGAUGAAGCAAAAAGCUACACGUGCACGAGAGGCUACUGGGCGCCUGUAUUGGGCGAACAAAGUGAUAAAAGUCGCCCUGGAAACACAGUCACUAGAUAUCUUUAAUGAUGUGGUGAAAUGGUGUAAAAGGUUCCUGCGAGACCCGCUGGUCUUUCCCGACUUGAUUGAUCGGAUAUUGUCUAAUGGCAGCCAUAUCCUCUCAUGUCAGGCUGAUUUGCAAUCCAUCACAAAGGCUUCAAACCCUCACCUUCUAAGACUUGUACAAAUAGCCAAUGGAAUUUUGAUGGAUAUUCUUGAAAUAUCAUUACUCCUUCUUCGCGAACCCUGGGCUCGAAUCCUAGUUCGAAGAUUGACCCAGAGGAUUCCCGGUCUGCUUUCUACCAUUAUCCGGGACAGAAUUGAUAUUGUAAAAUACAGCCGUCAUCUUGACUCUAUCACCGAACCAGAGAUAAUUGAGAUCUUUCUCGACCCUCUGAUACCGAUAUUAAUUCAUUACGAACGAGAAGUUAAUGCGGAGGGUCAAAAGGAGAUUUGUUGGAGCGGUCCGUCACGCUUAACAGUACUCCUUUCAUGUUCCAGUCUUCCCAGUCCAGGGGAACUUUCGUUUAUGGACCGGCUCGCAAAAAGUCGUGAUGAGUUUUGGGAACAACACCGUACUCGAGUAAACCCAGAGGUCCUCGAUCUGGGGGCUGGUUGGCCUAGAGGCCUUCCAAUCCAGCAUUUGGUAGAUGACAAAUUAUUGUUAUUCUACGCUAUGGAACGCCCCAGCGAAGCACCCUACUUAUCUUCAAGGGUAAAUGAGGUCUUGUUCACUUCGCUAGAUACCAUCAUGACUACCAUACCUGAGAAUACUGGCCCGAUUGAUUGCUUCGUAGAUAGCCUUUGGUUUGCAAUUAGUGCUCUAGUUGUGAAGGGCGAACCGGCAGAAAAGGUACAUCAUAUUCUACGCAUUUGGGAAUAUUACUCCUCGAAGUUGCAGCCGCAUUCUCUAUAUUUAAAGUUGUUUCAAGACUGGUUAUUCAAGAAAGUUCAAGCCGGAGAAAUGAAGGGGGCAGCCCAUCUUAUUCGACCACCUUCCUCCGUCGAGCCGACAUUUCGAAGGAUCCCAAAGGGGCCAGAGGUGAUUGAAUGGGAUCCUCAAGCUGGCGACGAUAAAACCGUCCAGGUUGCUUCAGGUAAUGCCAACGAGAAGCCAAUAGAAGUACCCUACACGAUUCUAAAUUGUCGCAUGGAGGGCGAAAUUCCUGCCAACACUCGAUCUAUUACCAUACACCCUCAACCUAUCCUAGAGCCUCCCUCAUUAUGGUCAUUUGCAAAUAGUCGGGGUGCCUCAACUGACUUGACUGAUUCCAUCGUAUUGUCGGCCUUGCUGUUUCUAGAUACUUUCACCAAAGGCGCUCGAAUCCUGCGGACUAAAUUUCCUGACGUGGAACACCCGCGCUAUACACCCAUAUAUUUAGCAGAUGAAUUCAUCACUAGAGAGACCAAUGCCAAUUCGGGAGGCACAUUAAGUAAACCACUCACUGCCUUGAGAAAAUGCGUCAAUCGAGUUCCUUCUCAAAUAUUGCGGGAUCUUAUUUGGUCCUUCUUGGAUACUCUGAAAGAGGAGCCAGAUUCGCCCAUGUAUUCAAGACUGCUUUUCUGCACGUCCGAUUUGAUCCAAAUUUUGUUAUCAACUGAAAAACCACAGCUUGCAGUCGAUGUGGUGCUUCGAAUAUGGAAAGAAUUUGCAGGUGAAUCUUCGUGGCAUCGUAAGAUUAGUCUCGUCAAGAUUGGGCGAGUUCUUAGCCCGAAGCAAGCUGGUGAACUUAUUACAAGGUUUUCUGAGCAUGUUUGCGAAGGGCUCAAAGCCCAGCAGCAGCAAGGGGGGGAUAAAGUUUUCAUUAAGGUGACAACGGCAAAGAUGCUUGCACAGGUUUUAGCCCAAGCGGACUUUCUCCCCCAGUCUACUCGAAUGGACCUUCUACAGAACAUGCUCGAUGUCAGUCAACAUAUUGAUAUUCGAAGGGAGAUCGCAGCAUCGAUUUUAGCACUUGUUAGUAUUAGUGACAGCGACGAACCAUAUAAGGCCUUUGCUUCCAUCGCUUUAUCUGCCGCAGGACCGAACGAGCGAUCCAAGACUACUGAAGAAGACUGGAAUGCAGUGGAAAGUAAUGGUGGCCCAUUACCUUUCGUUGCCCCAGGCUCAGAGCAUCCAAUCCUGGAUGUGGUUGUUUCUACAGCUGCGACGCAAAUACCACAGAAACUUCGGUCCCACUAUGUUCGGAAAGUUUUGCUACCAUUACUUGAAGAAUCGACUCGCCAGCAUACUCGAUGGAUGGCCGCAAUAGUUUCUAGAAUUGGUCUAUCAAUAUCAGAUCUAGGAAUUACAGAACUAGAAAUCGGUCCAUUCUCGCUAUGUCUCAUUGACACCAUUCUUUGGCAGUGGACCGAAUAUCUCCCAAACACAUAUCUAAAACAUCAUCACCGUGGCUGGGCUUUGAGCUAUCUACACGGCGCAUCUUUUAGUCGCAUAAAUGAGAAGCUUAUCAGCACCCCGGAUACUACUUUACAGGAUAUCAAUAUCCAAGAGCAUUGGAAUAUGUUCCUCAAGUCUCAGAGGUCUCGACCAGUUCUCUACCCUUUACACCGCCUGCUUGUUCCUACGCUCAGCCGGUCAUUGAAUGAUUUCAAUGCCGAGAUGGUUAUAGAAGACUUCAUCUUCCGCACUCAAGCGAUAGCCAGGAACCCGGUUCAAUAUGUUGAUUCGCUAGACAAAUACAAAGUUCAUCCAGGAUAUACUCUAGAGCUCUUGUGGGAUCUUAGAAAGAGUAGAAUGGUGGGUUCUCUCGAAGGUCCUGUCCUGAGAGCAAAGAAUUACGAUAAAACUACCGAAGUCAUGAGGCGGAUAAUAGCCUUUUCUAAGAAGGUUCGGCAAGAAGGAUGGUCAACUGAGCUAGCAGUUGGAUAUCCGGUCACAUUGCCAACCACUUUUGAACAUGAAAUUUUGAUGAUGCCAUCUCCACUGUACAAUGCAACAGCAUCAGAAUUUAACACUGCGGUAGAGAUAUUCAUUUUGUUAAUAAUUGAGCUGAUACGGAAGUAUGCCACAGACUCGGUCUUGCUCCUCCGGUUCGACGCUCUCCAAUUGAUCAUGAAGGAGGUCACCAUUCAGAACAUGGCGGCUUGUGCAUUACGGCUUGGGUGCAUCAAAGACGAGCCGCGUAAUGACGUCGAAAUAUUCGUUAGGAUAAAGUUGGCACGGGAUUUAUUGAGAAGCUUGCGGGAAAAUAAUAAGGUAUUGGACAAAAAUAUCCUAGACAUGAUUGAGGAAUGGAAGAGAAGUGACAUUGAACUCGUCCGGCAGAUUGGAUGGGAAUGUGAGUAGACUGCUGCCAAUAAUGUACGACAGCAACUUCUGCAGCAAUUUUUAUAAAUCCAUCUCUUACAGAACAAACAAAACCUCGGCUAUUUCGUCAUGCAGCCGACUGGUAAUAGCUCUAUUGUGGAUCUUCAAUCACCUAGCCCAUUCUAAGGUUUUGUCCCUCUUUUCGCAAUGCUAGGUCAACGACCUCCAUUUACAGACACGAUCGCGUUAAUAGAGCC